UUCGUUAACAACAGUAACGCUACAUUGGGACAUGUAACCAGUUGUAUAUUAGUUACAAGUAUGGCGGCAGAAGUUGACAUUCCUGAGACUGGUGCUGUGUUCACAUUUGGGCGGUCUAGGUUUGCUGAUAAUAUCCCUAGCAGAUUCUGGGUUCGCAAUGAUCCAAUCCUGCAGUUGGCCUGUGGAGACCAACAUACUGCUUUAGUUACAGAAAGUGGUCGAAUUUUUAUGUUUGGUCCAAAUGAUUGGGGUCAGUUAGGUCUUGGACACAGCCGACAUGUGGACAAGCCAAGCUGUAUCAAAGCACUGAAACAUGAGAAAGUGUCCCUAGUGGCUUGUGGAGGGUGCCACACCUUAAUUGCUACAGAUUCCGGGAAGAUUUAUUCAUUCGGUGCCAAUGGUGAAGGUCAGCUGGGCGUUGUUGGUGUUGAAAAGUCUGUGGAACCAUACCAUAUCAAGAAAUUACCAUCUUGUAGUCACUAUAAAGCACUGGCUGCUGGCUUUGAACAUUCUGUUUGUCUUACAGAGUCUGGAGAUGUGUAUGUCUGGGGAAGUAACAGUGAAGGUCAGCUUGGAUUUGGUGACCUUACAGAAUCCUAUGUGCCAACCCGAUUGCUAGCAGAAGAAACCAUCAAGUCUGUGGCUGUAGGAUAUUAUCACACAGCAUUAUUGACCGAAAAUGGCUCUGUCUAUGUUUUUGGUGAAACAGAAGGUGGGAAACUUGGUCUUGGAGAUGAAAUCAAGAAAUGUCGCACACCAGUUAGACUGGUGUCUUUUGACGCAACUGUUCAGUCAAUUUCUUGUGGAAGUUCUUAUACAGCACUAAUUACCAAACAAAAUGAACUCUACACAUUUGGAACUGGUUCCAAUGGAGAACUUGGUCAUGGAACCAGCCAACAGAUGUUAUCAACCCCAAAGAAAGUCUGUUUACCAUUUCAGGUGAAAGCAGUUUCCUGUGGUGCAAAUCAUACAGCGAUAAUAACAGAAGAUGGUUAUCUUUAUACAUUUGGAGAUAGUCGCCAUGGCAAGUUGGCCCAGGGAGAAGACUCUUACUCCAACCUGUUUGAACCGUGUCUCGUUGAUCAAUUUGAAUCUUAUGCAAUUGAUAAAGUUGUUUGUGGUGGCUGUCACACGAUGGUCAUGGCACAUCAGAAACCUUCCCUUAAUACUUCACAUCCAGAAAAUACUAACAGUUCGGCCAAAACCUUUAAAGUCCUACCGCCAGCCAUAUUGAGUUGUUCAACUGAUUUCUCUGGAACUCUCUCUGCAAGAGACCGGCGUCGACAAACUACAGAGAGUACUAAUUCUUCCCUGAACAGGACACUUCCUUCGUUAUCCGGAAAAAGUCAGCCUGGAAGUCUUUUAGCAUCAUCCGCUCUUGAAAAUGUCCUUUGUCCAUCUUCAGAAGAAAAUCACAUUCCACAGCUGGACGGAACCCUACCAAAUGGGAAGUGUUUGACGGAAAAUCUUAAAGAAUCUGAAGAAAAGGUUGAAAAUUAUUCAGUAAAUUCAGAAAAAGUGGCAGAAGGCAUUAGCGAGUCACCAAUGAGAAAUUCUUCCAAAACUUUGGCACCGAAGCCAGCCCCUAGAAAACUUAAACCAAAAGAGAUUGUUGCACAAAAAGAAAACGAUUCAGUAAAAGAACUUCUUCCAGAUGUUGUGUCACUCAACGGCACCGAAGAAAUAUUUGAGAAAGAAUUCACCGUUAACAAACAAGAUCUUCCAACUGAACAUUCACAGAAAGUUCCUCUGUCAAAUGGAGUCACUUUGGACCGAAUAGAAAAUGAAGAAUGUCUGAAAGAUGUUCCCAUUCCAAUGAAGCUUGAAACCAAUCUACAGAGUCAAAAUAAAGAACAACCAAAAUAUCUAAAUUCAAAAGAAACCAUCGAAGAAAAAGGAAAGAAAGAAGACAGUGAAGAUGAAAUUAAGGAAAUUUCCUGCAGUGAAGAGGAAUUGGUAAGUGGUGAAGAUGGAGAUGAGAGGAAAAACCAGAAGAACAAGAAUGGUGCGAAAGAGAACAACAAAGAUUCUUCAGUGAAGAAAAAGAAAAAGGAUAAAAAGCAAAAAGGCAAAAAGCGAAAUAAAGGAGUUGAAGUAAAUGAAAAAAGGAGUCUGGAAGACGAGAAACUUGCUGAAGGUCAGCAGGAUGAAGAGGAGGAGGAGGAGGAAGUGCAAAAAGAAAAUGAAGAAGAAGAUUUAGAGAAGAAUAACAAAAACAAACAAAAAAGUAAAAAAGGAAUUUUAAAUAUUUUUGGGAAGAAGAAAGUGGUUUCAGACGUAGAGGAUGAAAGUGAAAAUAAAGAAGGUAAAAACACAGAAAAAGAAAGUGAAGAAAAGAAAGAAUCUCCAAGAAAGAAGAAAGAAAGCAAGAAGAAAGAGAUUAAAAGUGAUGAAGACAAAGAGAAAGGGGAAGAAAAAGUGAAGGGAAAAUCUGGGAAGAAGCAGAACCCUCCGAAAAAUGAUUCUGUUGAAGAGGAGGAGGAGGAGGUGGAAGAGGAGGAGAAGGAAAAAGAGAAAGAUGGCAAAAAGGUAAAGUAUUAUAUUUUUGCUCUAUGAAAUUAGUAGCAGGGUGAGUGAUGGGUGUUGAAUUAUGAGUGACAAGCUGGGUGAGUGAUGGAGUGUUGACUAAUGAGUGACAACAAUGUGAGUGGUGGUGGGGUGUUGUUUUAUGAAUGACAGCAAGGUGAGUGAAAUGAUGGGUGUUGACUUAUGAAUGACAGCAGGGCAACAGGUGGGAGUGUUGAUUUAUACAACUGAUAGUUGAGUGUUAAACUAAAAGAUCCCAGGUUCUCAUCAGCCCCUCCCCACACACACACACACAUUGUGUUUUUAAUUAACAAUGUUGGCUCAGUCCACUCUAUUGUAAAUAGGUGCCACAGUGGUGGUACAGCUAACCAUUGGAAAUCAAAGCAGUAUAUUGUGCUGUUGUUUAGUGCUAGGUCAGCCUUGAUCAAAGACAGUCCAACCACAACCAUCCCAUCAUUCUAGAGAAUCCAAUACAUCCUUCCAUGUGAGAGAUUUUGACUGCUAUUUCAAACAGGUUGAACAACCAUGUAGAUGCUUCGUCAUUUGAUUGUAUUGUUAACUGGCAGUCCUGAGUUCAAAUCUUAGUUAUGACUA